UGAGCCAUUACCGUUGAAGCCAACGUUUGUUUGUGAUCGAGCCGGAGAACAUAAAAUUGUCCUACCUAAAUAAUUCUUGCUUGUUUGUCCGUCGUUCGUCGUGUCGUCAAAAAGUCAUUCUCCUCGAAAAUUGUGUGCGAAUCUAUUUUAUCCGACAUAAGGUUAUACUUCGGCAAAACAAACCAAAGUUGGGUUGCUUUUUAAUCGUUUGUAAGAAAGUUUGACAUUAAAACAAAGAUGAGUUUUGUCUUUGACCUGGCUGGACGUAUUUUGACUACUCACUAAAAGUUAAGAAACCAGACCCGAUCCUGUUGGGAGUGGCGGAGCUCGGCUGUUGAAAAUGGGAAUCACUGGCCUGCUGCAGUUCAUCAAGGAUGCAGCAGAACCCAUCAACGUGAAGAAGUACAAGGGCCAGACGGUGGCUGUGGACACUUACUGCUGGCUGCACAAAGGAGCCUUUUCCUGCGCCGAGAAGCUUGCCAAAGGAGAGCCGACGGACCAGUAUGUGUGGUACUGCUUGAAGUUUGUGGACAUGCUGCUGAACUUCAGCAUCAAACCAAUCCUGGUGUUUGACGGGCGCAAUCUGCCGUCCAAACAGGAAGUGGAAAAGGCUCGACGAGAGCGGCGGGAAGCCAAUCUCCAGAAAGGCAGACGGCUGCUGCGGGAAGGGAAGCUGUCAGAGGCCAGAGACUGCUUCACCCGCUGUGUGAACAUCACACCCGCCAUGGCACACAACCUGAUCAAGGCUGCCAGGGCGAGGGGGGUGGACUGCCUGGUGGCCCCGUACGAAGCGGACGCUCAGCUGGCGUACCUCACCAAGUCUGGAUUGGCUCAGGCGGUCAUCACUGAGGACUCUGACCUGCUGGCGUUUGGCUGCAAGACGGUGAUCCUGAAAAUGGACAAGCAGGGCAAUGGUUUGGAGAUAGAUCAAGGUAACUUGGGUCGCUGCCGCUCCCUGGGAAACAUUUUCACAGAGGAGAAGUUCAGGUACAUGUGCAUCCUCUCCGGCUGCGACUACCUUCCCUCGCUGCACGGCAUCGGCCUGGGAAAGGCCUGCAAGCUGCUGCGGCUCGCCAAAGACCCGGACAUCCUGAAGGUGAUUAAGAAGAUGGGUCAGUACCUGAAGAUGAAUCUAGUGGUGCCUGAAGAGUACGUCGAGGGCUUCAUCAGGGCAAACAACACCUUUCUUCAUCAGCUGGUGUUCGAUCCCGUCCAGAGGAAGGUGAUUCCCCUCAACCCGUACCCGGAGCACACUGACCCCGCCUCCCUCAGCUACGCCGGCCUGAAUCCGGGAGAUGACAGAGGCUUGGAGAUGGCCCUGGGGAAUCUUGAUUUCAACACAAUGGAGCGGAUAGAUGACUUCAGUCCAGAUAAUCCACAGCAGGGGAAACAUCGCACCAACAGCUGGAAGGGCUCGCCAGCCUCCAGCGGGGGCAGCAUCUGGAGCAGAGGCUUCACUCCAGCACCCCCACCCCAAGCUGCAGCCUCCCCACACAGGCCUCCGCCCACCAGGGGGCAGGAGCGGGUCAUCAGCGUGGACAGGCUGCUGCAGGUGAAGAGGCCCAGAGAGGACUGCGAUGUUCCUGACCAGGAGGUGCUGGAGCAAUACUCCACAUCUGUGCUGAAGAGGUCCAAGUCAGAGACACCGGACCGGCCCGUGGUCGGCGGCAAGCCCCGGACACAGAACCGCUUUGCCACACUGCUGCAGAGGAGGAACCGGGAUGAAGAGGAGGAUGACAGCCAGGCCACCUUCAGCAGGUUCUUCAGCAGCUCCAGAUCAGCAGGAGGUCCCAGCAUGGAGGAGCCCCCCAGAGAAGCACAACCAGCAGCUGCAGGUCCACCUGGGGACAAAUCCUCGCUCAGCAUCCAGACUCAGGACAGCGACGGUCCUGAUUGGCCGUCUGUGGAAACCCCCAGCCCCUCUCAGUCUCCCACUAGCAGCCCCCCCAGUUCAGCCAAACAGGGGCUCCAGCUCUUCCAGUGGUCAGGUGGAUCUUCAUCGCUGGAAACAGCCAGAGCAUCAAAGUCUGCCUCAGGUCUGGCAGCUCUGCAGCAGUUCCACUACAAGAGGGAGACUUUCUCCUCCUUACAGACUGGUGGGCUCCCAAGAGACUCGCCCUCCCCCGACAAAAAGUCUGAGGACAGCCAGUUGGACUCCUCGCCCUCCCAGGACAGCGCCUACUUUUCCCAGUCUCAGCCCCAGCUGACUCCCUGCGACAGAGAGGAAGCCCCCGCCUUUGAUGCUGCAUCGGAAAUCCCUUCAAGCCCUGUAAAAGCGGAAAGUCCGGCCCCCCAAACGGAGCCAAAACCGAGCAUGCUGGGAUCAAAGGUUUCCGGACUGUCCAAGCUGAACUCCAGCGGUCAGCUCCAAGCGACGAAGACUCGAGCGCUGGGCCCCGCCAGAGCCAGCGGGCUCAGGAAGAAGCCUUCAGCUUCUGGGAAGAAGGACUCCCCCCCAAAUAACGAGAACAGCCCGGGGGUCCAGGCCACCAUCAGCGGCCUCUGGAAGAACUUCAGCUUCAAAAAAGACGCCCAGAGGUUGAGUCCCUGCAGGAAAGGAAAACCAAUGUCUCCAGUCAAAGACAAUGUGGUGGCCAGCUGACCUGAGCUUGAUCUGCAGCUCUGAGCAUGCUCAGAACCAUCCUGUGCUGCUCCUCUAGACCCAGAGAAGCAGCAAAUCUUUUAAACAUACCGUGUAUGUUGAUGAUUUCUCACUUCUUAUUGCGAAUUCUUCAAUAAAAUAACAUUUUUGUAGCUUG